ACGCUUCAGCUUUGCUCCGCUCACAGAUGCCUGGGGAGCAGGGCAGAAGGAGACCAGGGUCCUACAGCAUGUGAGGGGCAGACAGCAGUCGGGGUGUGUGAUGAAGAGUGGGCAGUCAGGCAGCAGAGAUGCCCAGACUGGGGCAUGGGGCAGGAAGAGAUAGAACCAUUGAGGAGAACAACAGGAGUCCAGACCGACAAAUGACUGAACAGCUGGAUAUUGUCUGACGGGACCAAGAGAAGCAAGAAUCAGGUGGAUACACAAGCUGCUGAAACCCAUCUGAACACAACUGCUGAAAAUCAAUCGCAUCAUCUCCUGACAUUUUGAGGUCCCCAGCCUGAGCUGUAUCCUGACUAGGUUGGCAAUGGAUGCUUUUGGUGGAGCUCCCCGAUUUCUUGCCUCUCCUCGCACUUUCACAGUCCAAAGUGGCACAAAUGCAGUCCUGAAAUGGCAGGUGGCCGGGGAGCCGCGUCCCAGCGUUGUCUGGGAGAAAGACGGCUCUGCGCUGGAACUGCCCUCUGGCCGGAUGCUUGUUGAGGUGAAUGGGGAUGCCUAUAGUCUGCUGGUCUCUCAGGCUGGUCCAGCAGACAGUGGACGCUACGUGUGCAAAGCGAAGAAUAGUGUGGGUGAAACCUACGCAGCUGCCCUGCUGAAAGUGGAGACAGGGACUGAACUGAAACCUAAGGGAGAUCUUGAUAGCCAGCCACCCAUCUUCCUGAACAGGCCUGUCUCAGCAUGCGUGACCCGGGGACAGGAUGUGACCUUUGCCUGUAGAGUCUCAGGGCAGCUUGAAUGGGAAAAAGAUGGACGCAAAUUAUCAGACAUCUUUGAGAGUAGCCAUUACAAAAUAGAUGUAGAGCCUGGGGACUGGCAUUCUCUGCACAUCUAUAAUGCCCGAUUGCCAGAUGCAGGUGUUUAUGUGUGUCGAGCACAGAACAGCUUUGGAGAGACCAUGGCUGCAGCUGUGCUCCUGGUAGAUCCUGUGGCGUGCCUUCCUCAUGAUGACCCAUUUCAGGGGGCUCCCCAAAACUGCCAUUUCAAGAAGCCACCUGAGUCACAAGAAGAGAAGAGGCAGCAGCACCAUCCUGGGCAGAUGGUAUUGUCUGAAGCCAGGCAGAAUGGAGAAGUGCUUCCCGGCUUCCCCCCUACAAAGUGUUUUACUGUGAAUGAAGGGAAGCACGCCAAGUUCCGUUGCUACGUCACUGGCAAGCCCAAGCCAGAGAUCGUCUGGCAGAAGGACGGGAAGGUGUUGUCCCCUGGAAGAAGACACCUGCUCUAUGAGGACAGGGAGGGCUACUUCAUCCUUAAGGUGCUUUACUGCACAGCACGAGAUUGUGGGCUCUAUGUGUGCACAGCCUGCAACAUGGCUGGCCAGACGCUCAGCGCUGUGAGCCUCCAUGUCAGAGAACCCCGGCUACGAUUCCAGGCACCUUUGGUGGAUGUAGAAGUGAUGGAACAUCAAGAUGCAGUAUUAGAGUGCCAGGUGCCUCUAGAGACAAUUCCUACAGCAUGGUAUCUGGAAGACAAGCGCCUGCAACCCAGUCCCAAGUACCUGAUGGAGGAACAGGGCCUACUAAGGCGACUGACUGUGCGUGAUGCCCGGGCUGAUGAUGAUGGCAUCUACUUGUGUGAGAUGGAGGGCAAGGGCCGCAGCGUUGGGGAGCUCUCGGUGCAAGGUCUAAUUGUAAAGCGUUUGCCACGAAAACUGGAUGUGAUGGAAGGAGAAAAUGCCGCUUUCUACGUGGAGACACGGGAACCUGUGGAAGCACCAAGUUGGGGCCGUAACGGGCAAGAACUGGUUGAGGCACCACAUACACUAAUCAGGAGCUUUGGUAAAACACAUAUUUUGGUACUGGUACAUGUGUCACGGCAUGAUGCUGGAGUCAUCACUUUCAUGGCGGGCGACUCACAAACUUCAGCACAGCUCCGUGUCAAAUGUGCCAAAAGGAUUCCACCAAGUGCACCUGUGGCAGUAAAGAUGUGCACAGCACGUAGCAAUGCUGCCCUCCUGACGUGGUGCCCACCACCAGAUCUGCAUCGUAGCCCACCAAGCAGCUACGUCCUUGAGAGGCAGGCUGCAGGAGAGGCUGAAUGGGUGCCUUGUCUAACCACUGAUGUUGCUAGCAUGGUUGAAGUUCCGGGGGAUGGUGUGCCCCAGGAGGCUGACUACCGCUUCCGUGUAUGCUCUGCCAAUCAGUAUGGGUGCAGUGAGCAUGUGGAAUUCCCAGGCUCCGUGCAUCUUGUGCCCAGAGCCCAUAUAAAAGAGGGACUGCAAGACAUGAUGGUUUGUAUCAACGAGGACGCCACGUUUUCAGUCCAUCUUUCAGCUCCCAUGUCUGGUUGCUGGUUCCUCAAUGGGAAAAGGCUGGCAAAGGAAGAGGAAGACCAGCAAUACCGUAUCAUACACAGUGGAGUAAACCAUACAUUGCAGAUCAAAGGUGUGCAGUUAAGUGCCAAUGGGUCCGAGGUGCGAUUUGAAGCCAAUGGCGUGAAAGAAUCGGCAGUGUUACACGUACAAGCCCCACAGGUACAUAUUACUCCAGUGCCUGAGGCCAGGCGACUCCGAACCCUUCUUCCCGGGAUGCCUCUGCUUCUGGAAUGCGAGGUGUCCACACCCGAUGCCCCUGUUUGCUGGCUCAAAGAAGGGAAUCCCAUAGCUUUGGAUGAUGGCGCUUGUAUCCAGUCAGAAGGCUGCAACCAUAGGCUGGUGAUUCCCUCUGUCUGCUCUUCGGACUCUGGGACAUAUACGUGCAAUGCCAGAGAUGAUGCAAUCAGCUUCACUGUGACUGUGGAUGAACCUCCUGUGAAGGCUGUUCAUUCCAAUUCCAAAGAAGCUCACAACUACAAGGUUAUGGAUCGUGUGGUGCUGUCCUGUGAGUUAUCCCACCCUGAUGUGUCUGUGCGUUGGUACAAGGAUGAAGAAACAGUGAAAGAAAGCAAGGACCUCCUGCUGGAGAACACGGGACCUCACCAUCAGUUGAUCAUUCCCUCUGCUCAAGUGCAGGAUACAGGGGAAUUUGUAUGUGACAUAGGUGGAGAAUCUGUCUUCUUCAACAUUACUGUUACAGAAACUCCUGUCCAGAUUGUCCAUUCCAGUCCUGAGGAAGCCCACGCCUACUGGAUCUCAGAGCGUGUGGUGCUGGCCUGUGAGCUGUCCCGCCCUAAUGUCCCUGUGCGCUGGUACAAGGAUGGGGAAAAGGUGGAGGAAAGCCAGGGCCUCCUGCUGGAGAAGGAGGGUCCACACUGCCGGCUGAUCAUUGUCUCGGCCCAAGUCCAAGAUACAGGAGAGUUUGUGUGUGAUGCAGGUGAUGACUCUGCCUUCUUCAACAUCACCGUCACAGAGCCACCUGUGCAGGUGGUGUGCUCCAAUGCAGAUGAAGCUCACACCUACUGGGCUUCAGAACGAGUGACCUUGGCCUGUGAGCUGUCCUGUCCUAAUGCUCUCGUGCGCUGGUACAAAGAUGGGAAAGAAGUAGAAGACAUGGAAGGUCUGCAGCUGGAAAGUGAAGGGCCCCAUCACCGCCUGGUCAUUGCCUCAGCCCGGGUGCAAGACACAGGAAAAUUUGUGUGCAAUGUGGGAGGCAACUCUGUUUUUUUCACUGUAACUGUUUCAGAUCGUCCUGUAAGGAUCAUACACUCCAGUGACGAGGAGACCCAAGCCUACCAGGUUGCAGAACGUGUGGUGUUAUCCUGUGAGCUUUCUCAUCCUGAUGCUCCAGUACAUUGGUACAAGGAUGGAGAAGAGGUGGAGGAAAGCGAGAGGCUCCUGCUGGAGAGUGAGGGCCCCCAUCGUCGGCUGGUCAUUCCUUUGGCUCAAGUUCAAGAUUCAGGGGAGUUUGUGUGUGAUGCAGGCGGCGAUUCUGCAUUCUUCAACAUCACUGUCACAGAACCCCCUGUGCAAAUUGUGCGGUCCAACGCUGAAGCACUUCAUGCUUAUCAGGCUUCUGACCGCGUGGUGCUGACCUGCGAGCUGUCCUGCCCCAACGCCCCUGUCCACUGGUACAAAGAUGGGGAGGAAUUAGAAGAAGGUGAAGGCUUGCUGUUUGAAAGCGAAGGGCCCCACCGACGACUCAUCCUUCCCUUAGCGCAGGUGCAAGAUACUGGCGAGUUUGUGUGCGAUGUGGGUGAUGACUCUGCCUUCUUCAACAUUACAGUUGCAGCUCCCAAGGUACAUAUCUCUCCAAUGCCAGAAGCUCAGUGCUUCCAGACUAUCCUGGCUGGUACGCCACUCCUUCUAGAGUGCCAAGUCUCCACACCUGAUGCUUCUGUCCAGUGGCUCAAGGAUGGAGAUCCUGUGCUGAUGGAUGAUAAUAACCUCAUUGUUAAAUCAGAGGGCUGCAUUCGGAGACUGUUGAUUCAUUCAGCCUGCCUCUUGGACUCAGGAACAUACACAUGUAGCACAUCUGAUGACUCAGUUGACUUCGCUGUGACCGUGGAAGAGGUGCCUGUCCGUGUUAUACACACCAAUGCAGAUGCAGCUCACCUCUACCAGGCCUCAGAGCGUGUGGUGCUAUCCUGUGAGCUGUCUUGCCCAGAUGCUGCAGUUUGCUGGUAUAAGGAUGGGAAGGAGGUGGUGGAAAACAGUGGUUUUUUGCUGGAAAAUGAGGGGUCCCAUCAUCAUCUGGUCAUCCCUGCAGCCCAGGAACACGAUACAGGACAGUAUAUGUGUGAUGCUGCUGGCAAUUCCAUCUUCUUCAAUGUCACCGUCACAAAGCCUCUGGUGCAGAUUUUGCAGCCAACUGAAUGUUCACUGGAGAAACAGGUGUGGGCAUUCGACCGCCUGGAGUUGAGCUGCACAGUGUCCGUUCCUGAUGCCCCUGUACGUUGGUUCAAAGAUGGCCUGGAGGUGGAUGAGACAGACAACCUGUUGCUUCAUGCAGAAGGUCCGGAACGUUGCCUGGUGAUCCUACGGACAAGUGCUGAAGAUGCUGGGGAAUAUAUCUGUGAGACCAAGGAUGAGUCUGUCUCCUUUGAUGUCAUGGUUUCAGAGCCCCCUGUGAAGAUCGUGCAGCCGCGCAGGACUCCCUCUGUCCUGAAGGCCUCAACGGGGGAUACAGUGACUCUGGCCUGUGUGCUCUCCCAUGGGAAUGCGCCUGUCCGCUGGGUUAAGGACGGUGUCCCAAUAGAGGCCAACAGCGGCCUUAUCCUGGAGGAAGAGGGUGCCCGGCGGUGUUUGGCCAUCCCUGCAGCUGGCCCAGAGCAUUCUGGGAAAUACAUCUGCAACGCUGUUGACGAUACCAUGACCUUCACCGUCCAGGUGUCUGAUCCUCCAGUUCAGAUAGUGGGGCGAGAUGAGCUGCAAACUCACCACCAUUGCUUGGUUUCUGAAGACCUGGUGCUGUCUGUAACACUGUCUUGCCCCAAAGGAGAGGUGAAGUGGUACAAGGAUGGGGAAAAACUGCAGGACACAGAACGUGCAUGGCUAGAACAGGAUGGAACACGACAUUCACUGGUGAUUUCAUCAGUGGAAAUCUGUGAUGCUGGGGAGUAUCUGUGUGACAGUGGUGAUGACAGCCUCAUCUUCUAUGUCAUGGUUGAAGAGCCUCCCAUCUCCAUCGUGGGAGAUACAGAGAUGCCAGAGCAUCGCUCCUUGGCAACUGGAGAAGAUCUAAUCUUGGCUUGUGAUACAUCUUCACCUACGGCUGCUGUGCGAUGGCUCCGGAAUGGCGAGGAGCUAGUAGCUGGCAAGCGCAUCCUCACAGAAGCCAGUGGUAGGCGCCGACAACUCACUGUCCUGAGUGUCAGACCAGGGGAUUCAGGCUCUUACGUGUGUGACGCAGGCACAGACCAGAGGGUGACCACAAUAGAAGUAGCAGCACCCCCUGUAUGCAUUGUGAAUAAGGAUGAUGCCCGGGAGCCUAUUGAAGUCCAGGAAGGAGUGAAUGUGACACUGGUUGCCCAACUUUCUCAAGAGAAGGCUUGUGUCCAGUGGCUCAAGAACAUGCAGCCACUUUGUCCCGGGCCACGAAUGAUUAUGAGCAGUGAGGGGCUGUUACACAGCUUAACCAUCCAACAAUCUGAGCCAUGUGAUCGUGGCACGUUUAGCUGCAAUACUGGAGAUGAUGAAGUGCAUUACACAAUAAAUGUACAAGAGGCCCCAGUGCUGUUUGUGCCAAAAUCAGAGCAUCCAGAGAAGGUGCUGGUGCUGGAGGGGGGCAGUGCAGUGCUCUCAGCCAUUGUCUCCAAGGAGUCAUCUGUGGUAAGCUGGGAAGGACCCCGAGGGAACCUUGUGGCAGGGGAGCACUGCCAGCUGCGCAGAGAAGGACGGGUCCACAGCCUCUUGCUGAGUAAUGUAGGCAAAGCUGAUGCCGGAGAGUACAUAUGCCAUUCUUCUCAUGACCAGCUGCAUUUUGAGCUUAGCGUGAAAGAACUGCUGGUGAAGUUUGUUCGGGGUCUCUCAGAUGUGACAGCGCUGCAGGGUGACACAGUGUUGUUCUGGUGUGAACUGUGCAAAACCAAGGGAGAUGUAACUUGGCUGAAAGAUCGGCAGGAGCUGGAGCCCAACACACACCUGGAGAUCCGAGCAGAGGGGCGAGAGCGUUCCUUGACACUCAGCAACGUGAGGCCUGAAGAUGCUGGCGAAUAUUCAUGCGAAAGUAAAGAUGACCGUACUUUGGCUAUUCUCACAGUCCAAAUCCCUAGGUUGGUGGAGAUAAUCUCUGAGCUGCACAAUUUAACGGUGCUGGAAGGGGAUGAUGCCACCUUCAAAGCAGUGGUAUGUCCAGAUGAUGUGAGUUUGAAUUGGCAGCUGAAUGGACAAGAUGUAGUGCCUAAUGAGCGGUUGACUAUAACCAAGAAUGGGCUCUGCCAUACCCUCACCAUACGACAAUGUCGCUUGAGUGACACUGGCAUAGUCACUGUCCAUGCGGAAGGUCUGUUGAGUUCAGCCAGACUCAGUGUGCAAGAGGCUCAGGUGCUGUUUGUGCAAACGUUGCGUGAUUUGGCAGCUGAGGAGGGGCAGGAUGUACGCUUGGAAGUGGAGCUGAGCUUGGAAAGCGCUGAGGUGCAGUGGAUGAAGCAAGGCAUCUUGCUGCAGCAGAACACAAGACACUCCAUGGAGGUGCAAGGGCCAAAACGGGCCCUUACCAUCCACAAUGUUGAGCUUGCUGACCGAGGCACCUAUCGCUGUGAGAGCCUGCAUGAUCGCACCCAAGCCAGACUGAGUGUGGAACCCCGGAAGGUGACAGUGAAGAAACCGCUAUUGGAUGUGGAGACGUUGGAGAAGGAGACAGUGACAUUUGAGCUUGAGCUAUCCCACCCCAAUGUAUUGGGGGUCUGGAUGCGUGAUGGCAUCCGUGUAAAGCCUAGUUCCACCUGCCGAAUGAGCACCAAUGGUUGCGUGCACAGCCUGACGCUGCAAGGGCUCACACUAGAUGACACAGGGACUGUGGUCUUCACUGCUGAUACUGUGCGGAGCUGUGCCCGCCUUACAGUCCGAGAGCCACCAGUGACUAUGCUGCGCUUGCCCCAGGACUUGGGAAUCCCUGAGACGGGCUCAGCUACCUUUGAGUGCGAGCUGUCCCGACCCCUGGCUGAGGCAAAGUGGUACAAGGAUGGCAAGGAGAUCCAGGUGGGCCCCAACUGCCGCGUAUAUUCAGUGGGGCGUCGGCGUCUCCUGCAGCUCAGCCACUGCAGCCUUGAAGAUGCCGGCGAAUAUAUGUGUGAUGCUGGUGACUGCCGUGCUUCUGCCAAACUGAGGGUCUUUGAACGUCAGGUCCAGAUUGUGCGAGAGCUGGAGGACGUCUGUGUACGGGAGAAUGAGAAUGCUGUUUUCAUGUGUGAGGUGUCUCUGGUGGAGGUGAAAGGUGAAUGGUUUCAUAAUGGAGAGAGAAUCAAAGUCACCAGCACCGUGAAAAUACGGCAAGAAGGAACCCGUCACUUCCUGCUUCUGGGCUCUGCCCGCCCCGAGGACACAGGCCAGGUCCGUUUCAUGGCCAAGACAGCUGCUUCAGAAGCCAGGCUGGAAGUGGAAGCGCUGCCCAUUCGCAUUGUGAAGCCGCUGCGGGAUAAAACUGUACUGGUGCGCCACAAAGCCACCCUGGAAUGUACGGUGUCUCAGGCUCGAGGGCGUGUGCGCUGGUUUCGUGGUGACACAGAGAUCUUUGCUGGGCCUAAGUAUGAGAUCUGCAAUUUGGAUUGCUACCGAACUCUGGUUAUUCACUGUGUUGAGCCUGCAGAUGAAGGCCUGUAUACCUGCGAUGCGCUGGAUGACCAUUCCACAGCCCGCCUGCUAGUGGAGGCUGAGGGAAUCCAGGUGGUCCGGCCUCUGAAGAAUGCAGAAGUGGUGGCUCCCUCAGAGGCUCAGUUUGAGUGUGAAAUAUCUGCCCCUCCAGACUUCAUUCCCCAGUGGAGCCUCAAUGGGGAGGAGCUGCAGCCUGGCUUGCAGGUGCAAAUGGAGAGCAUGGGACACAUCCAUAAGCUGAGGCUCUACAAGACUACCCCUAACAUGAGUGGGAUGGUGAAGAUUACCAUUGGUAAUGCCCGUUCCAAAGCCCAUCUCACAGUUCGAGAGUGCUAGCAUCAGGAAAAUCCUGAAUACAGUGGAGCCAAGUUUAAGCUUGGAAAGGCAAAGACAACAAGUUUGACCAUUUUAUGAACAAUCACGAGAACUGACAUACAGAAAGACAAGUCAUCUUGUCUUCUUCCUCUUCUGCAUGACGUGGGAAGCACAUUCUGCUUUAUUAAAUGUUCUUAAGUCCUGAUUUUUAAAAAA